CUUGGAACGGAAUAAUGCAAUGGAGCCAGAGCCCUCUAGGCUCUACUAAUCAACGCCGAAAAGAUACAACAAAGUUGCUGACUUCAGAGACGUUAAACUUGCCCAGCAAGAAUGAAAAUACAAUAUCAAAUGCGUUAUAAAAUACAUCCUCUCUGACUUUAUGCUUUUAAACCAAUUAUGUAUUGUUUAAAACGUUUUCCGUAUCGUCUUAUUGAUUAUUUUGGUCUGGCACACAGGAGUCAGCCAUGGAGCUAGAUCGGUAGCAAUUUGCUAGUUACUACGGGGAAGUGAAGGAAAAACGGUUAAAAACGGUGUAACUUCAGACAAUUUGUACGAUGGCAUCGCAGCCUCCUCCUAAACCGUGGGAAAGGCGGAUUCCAGGAGCAGCCAUGAGUGCACCAGUUAACUAUCGGUCAACUGACUUUGCCCCACCAGGUCCCUCCACCUCCGGCCUCUCUGGUCCCGCAGGUCCUCCCGUCUUGACCCGCAUGGUGCCCCCUGUCCCCCCUCGCCCUGUCCAGUCCAUCCAGCCCUACCGUCCCUCCUACGGCUCCUUCCCUGGCUCCUCACACAACCCCUAUGGUAGCUCCAGCCUCUACGGUGGAGCAUACAGCCCCUACAGUCCCUACAGUGGUGGCUAUGGCAUGGGAGGGGGGCUCGGUGGUGGCCUUGGUGGGAGCCUGGGCUACAGCCGCUUCGGCCAAACCGGUGGUGAAGACGUGGCGCCCAGUCGGUUUGUCCAACAGGCAGAGGAGAGCAGCCGUGGCGCCUUCCAGUCCAUCGAGAGCAUCGUCCAGGCCUUCACCUCGGUCAGUAUGAUGAUGGACGCCACCUUCUCGGCCGUCUACAACAGCUUCCGAGCCGUGCUGGAUGUAGCCAACCACCUGACACGUUUACGGAUGCACUUUACUAAGGUUCUGUCGGCCUUUGCCCUGGUGCGCACCCUGCGCUACCUGUACCGCCGCAUACAGAGGAUGCUGGGGCUGAGGCGUGACGGUGAGGUGGAGGACCUGUGGGCAGACAGUGAAGGAGCUGUUCUGGCGACCAGAGGUGCUGGAGCCGCAAUGGAAGACCCCAGAGCCGGAGCGGUCAAGUCGUGGCCCAUCUUCCUUUUUCUGGCUGUGGUCCUAGGAGGGCCCUAUCUCAUCUGGAAGCUGCUGAGCUCCGCCCAGGGGCCCGAGGAGAGCGUCACCAACUGGGCUAGUGGGGAGGAUGACCAUGUGGUUGCCAGGGCGGAGUAUGACUUCACAGCUGCGUCGGAGGAGGAGCUCUCACUGAAUGCUGGAGACAUGCUCAACCUGGCUCCUAAAGAGCAUCAACCCAGGCUGCGUGGGUGGCUGCUGGCCAGUGUAGACGGCCAGACCACAGGCCUCAUACCUGCCAACUACGUCAAGGUCCUGGGGAAGAGGAGAGGCAGGAAGCACGCUGAGCUGGAGAGGCUGGCUCAGGUUCAGGCCCAGCCAGGGAACCCACUGGGCACCUCCCUUCAAGCCCUCCAACCUAACCUGGCUACGGGCCCAGUGCCAACUCUAGCCCCAGGCUUGGUUUCAGGCCUAGGCCCAGCUGAAGCCGUCCCAGUAACUAUCCCAGAGGAGCUGCUGGAGUGCGUGUAUAGGGAAUCACCAGCCGGUUACAGCAGCCUGGGCCUGGGUGUAGUGCCCAGCACCACUACAGCUUCAAGCACAGUGCUCACCAUACCAGAGAAGAUGGACCUGUGAUGUCUGACUUUGUGUUUUCCCACACAUCUGUUGAGGCUGUACGUGGUUUGUUGAUGAGCUGUUCUGUAUAGCUCGGUCCCGUCCAGCAGUGGGGAACCACUUGAUCUACAUCCAGAAGGUGACUCAUGUUCACAAUUCAGUGGCUUUGGUUUGCCAUUUAAUCUGCCUGGAAGCAAUUAGUAAGGUUGGUAUAUGAGGUAUUGAGUACCUGGAUAAAGGAGAAGUAGUUAUGUCAGACAUCUGGAAUUGAGUGUUUCUAGAACACUAUCUUGGUUUGGAUGUCUUGUCAGUGGUUAUCUAAACCAACCAAUACCUAUCCUGUACCAGCCUUGUCAGUACGGUUACACUACAUUUUAGCCCAAUAAUGAUGCAUAUUUAAAUGUUUUUGAUAUAGAUUUAUUUAAUUAACAGUGAAUGAGUACAUUAAGAUCAAAUUAAGUACGCUAAGAGAUUAUGCUAAUAUUUGAGAGAAUAUUGCAUCUUUUGACGUUGACAGGACAAAGCCAUAAUCUUAUGUUUCUGAAAUUCACCGAUUUGUUCCACGUGAAUGUCGUUGGUUUGAUAUUAAAAGAUAAAUUAAUGGGAAUAGAACGGGCUUGGAAGCUCUAUCCCUGGCAAUUUGACUGGUAAACUCAUGGGUACACUCACAAUGGCUGCCUGAUUGUGACUCAAUCGUUUCCAUGGUAUUUUGGAAUGUUCUAUCAACUCCUGGGUUGCCAUGGUAAUGUACAACAUUUAUUCAAAUGAUGCUAGCUGAUGUGGCUCAUGCAAUGGAAUGUAUUGUUUUUGUAAUGUCAGUUGACAUCACAGGCCCAAUUGAAGAGUACAACUUCCUACUUGUACUUCCUGGCUCGGGUCUAGGUUGAAGAUGGGAAUAUUUUAGACCUAGGCAUGGGUACGCUCAAUGUCUACCAGUCCACCUAUUAUGUCAACAUUGACUUGGAGACUAUUUAUAUGGAUAAAUUACUAUCAAGGUUCAGAUUUGGUUCCAAUGGAAGGAUUGACUUGGUUUUAAAUCGGUGUUAAUAUGGUUGUAAAAUGUUGUUUGAAAUUCGGGAAUGGUCCAACUAUAUCUUGAAUGUUCUGUAAAAUGUCCUAAAUAUUCAAAGUGGAGUUUUGAACUUGGAAAAUAGAACUAUCCAAUAUCAAGAUAUAUUAAAUCAAGAAGUUUUGUUGAAUGCAUCUGUGUAAGAACUGAAAUAGCAGUCCUCAUCUUGGGGUGUUUCAGUGGUAUUUUUAGUCCUCACUCUCCUGAAAAACUGUAAUUAUGUAAAUACAAUUAUUUUGGAAAUAAACAUUUUCAAAACC